AUGAAGGUGGCCAACUUGGUUAUUGCAUUACUUUUAAUUCAGUCGACCGAUGCUGACUGGUUUGAUGAUUUGAUCAAUUCAGCACAUGACAAAAUAGUUGCUGGAGCAACAUAUCUAAGGGAUACAGCAGGUCCUGGUAUCCGAAAUAAAUUUAAUGAAAUUAAAUCAAAACUACAGGAUCCUGAAACUCAUCAGAAAGCCAAACAAUGGCUUAAAGAGGUUAGAGAAUUUUAG